UUUUGAUAAAUGGAAAAUUUCACGAUCGAGAAAAAAUACUUAUUUGAUAAUUCUCUAGUUGCAAGGUGACCCGAGACAGAUCACCAUACAUACGAAAGUGUAAUAUUGCACAUAAACAUACUUAUGGUAUAAUACAACUAUUCAGUUGUUAUCCUACAAUUCAAUAAUUAAAAGUACAAGAAAACGAAAAAAAUGGAAAUUGCAGGACCCACUAUUCAGGAUCCAACUGGUUUUCAGUUUCUUUCCGUUUGUCACUAUGUUCUAAAAUUGGGAAUAUUCUUUUACAAUCAAAAGUUAAUUUCCCCCGAGUGGCAUAAUCAUUCUACUUUUAUUUUAAAUAGAUACUUUGAGUACAUCCACAAUUCUGAAAAUGAAACCGAGACAAAACUUCAACUUCUCCGAGGAAUCCUUAAUGGGACUGAUCUCUAUGGUGGGGGCGAAAAUGAAACACUUGAUAUGAAAUAUGUUAAUGAAACAUAUCAGUACAUCAUUAGUAAUGCUCUCUUUUCUCACUAUGGCAACAUUAAAGGAUAUUUGGUCCAAAUAAUAUACAAAGCAGACAACAUAACUUAUUUAUCACUUAAGGAGAAUGUGUUAUGGCAUUUAGCAAAGAAGUACAUGGGUCGAGAAUAUUGUUCCUCUAGAUAUGAGAGUAUUUCAAUUACUAAUUUAACAAUGCAAAAAGUUUUCAAUGAAAAUAUUUGGUCAUUAUUUCCCGAACCGCAGGGGAACCCAGAAAUAAUGGAUACUAAUUAUAUAUACGCAAUGAUUGGUUUAAAAAUCGCUCGUUCUGUUGAAGCUACUGCUGUGAAUCUAACAUUCGACAGUUAUAUUCGUUUGGCAAGAGAAAUGGAAUUAAGAUCUUUUGAAAAUAAAAACUAUAAAUUGGUAUUAGAAUUAUUUGAAACGCCGGCAUUAUUUUAUUACGCUUAUAAAGAGAAGAAUGCAAUUCUUAUAAAGUAUGGAUUAAUUUUUUGGAACGAGAUAAAUUUACACAAGGUAUUUAAAACAUUCUUUAAUUCUUCUGCAAUUUUUGUCAAAGAAAAUGAAAAAAUUGAAAGCAUAGAAUCAUUAGAAAAUGAAUUAAAAAAUUAUAGAACAUUUAAAAAUAGAACAUCAAUUGCCACUGAAUUACUUAAAAAAGUUUGUGAAUAUUCAAGUAAUAAUGAUGUUUUAUCAGUAUAUGUAUCCAUUUAUAAAACUUCACAAUGGUUAUUGAAAUUUCUUCUUCCGGAGCGUUGUCAAAAAAUCGAUCUUCCUGACUUAGAAGCUAUUUUCAAUUCACAAUUUGAUUACCCAAUGACGUUAUUUAAUAAAUUUUAUCAGAUCUAUUUUAGAGAGGCAUUUAAAAAUAAGAAAGUAAUUGAUAAAAUUAAUUUAAAUUCUACUGUUGAAUUCGCUAAUGUUGUGCAAAAAUCGACUAACUGUUCUUUCUGUGUUCCAACAGAAAAGAAAAUAAAUGCAGACAUUCUGAUUAUUUUCGCUGUUAUAAUGAACAAUCAGACAGAGUUUUAUGCCCUUAAGCAGACCAGUAAUGGUUCGAUUUUGCUUUUAAAUAGUAAAAAUAAAGAACAAUUUGCUAGAAAAAUUGCUAACGAUACCACCUUAGAAAUGGAAGUUCAAAAAGUGGCAAAAAUUCUUAAAAAUCAUGAUGAAAAUUUUAAUGUUUUUAUUCAAAGAUUAGCGGAUGUGACAACAGAAAAGAAAAUAAAUAAAUUGAUAUCAGUUGCCAGGAAUCCAACAAUGAUUGAGGAAAAAGUAGAAUUCUUAAAAUCGUUGGUACCACUUUAUACUUGCAUGGAAAGUAAAAAAUCCGGAAACCAAGGAAAAAUAUUAUUAAGUUGUGGUCUAGAUGCUCUUAGUCUUCUAGGUAGGAACGAUAAAGAUAAAUAUUUGAAAAUUACAUGGAAUAGUAUAAUUGCUUACGCAGUAAAACAAAUUUCGUCAGUAUUUCAAAAAUUAAGAUCACAAAAUAAAAAUAAGGAAUCUGAAUCACUAUCGAAUAUGAAUAAUAAAAUUUACGAGAAAGAUUUUCUAAUUGCUUCAAGAAAGAAUUUAACUGAAUUUAUUGAUAAAUAUAAAUAUAACCUUACACUGCAAACAUUAAUUCCUGGUUCUGAACUAUCUUACCAAGUCUGUGGAUCCACUAGUCGGUUUCUUCGAAAAAUGAUACGUGACGCAUUUUCAAAUUUAAUAAAAUUUCCAGAAAUUGUAGAUUUUCUAUUCUCAGUGAAAUUUGCCUCAAGUAUUACCAUUGGGAAUACAAGAUUAUUCCCUGAUAGUACUGGACUUAUACCAAGAGUUGUUAAGUACGAGAAAAAAUUUAAAGUCGUUAGAUAUUUUUAUCCUGGAGGAUUGAACUAUUUUGGACCAAAAUGUCAAGUAUCAGUUAAAAGAAUUGCUGAAGUGAGAUAUGUUAGUGUAACCCAAUCUAGAGCAGGUGUAGUGCUGGUAGAAUCUGAUACGGGUGUAAUUUACAACUUGUAUAAUUUGGGAGAUGACACAUUAUCACCUACCUUUCUUACAAAGUCGUCAAAUGAUAGUCUCGUAUUGCAUGAUGUGCCAGUUACUAAGAAUGGGAGACCAAUAAGUAAAUACUAGGCAAAUGCCAAUAUUCCUAACAAUUCUGAACGCAAGUAGAUUCUGUCAUUCUUAAAGAAAUUCGACGGCGAAUAUUGUAAAUGUUUUUUUUAAUGACACAAUUGUAAAUGAAGAUGUUAGAAGUAAAUAAACUAUAAUAAAAUUUU